CCUCAGCUCAACAACUAACCAGCCCCUCCAUACGAGUGAAGCACCAGCGCCACCACCCACCAGUCAAGCUUGUCUUAGCUAGAGUAGCAGGAGUACAUAGCUUACACCCUAGCAGAAGCUGCCGAGGUCCAUCUUUCUGCAUGGACUUGGACACGGGAAUGGAUAUGACGAACCAAGAACAGCUCAUGCGCACCAUCUCCCAACUCGACAGCGCCCUCACAUACCUUUCUUCUCCAUCCACAUCGCCACCGCACCAGCCACCGGUUCUAGUCCUGCCGUAUCCAUCGUGUGCCACCGGUGCUGUUACUCCUUCGGUGGUGACGAUGCCGGUGUCGGUACCGCCGCCGGCCGCUGGCUACCCGGAGCACACGGGGACGCGGCGGCUUGUUGUCGGCAUCCAAUCGGCCGGGGACGUGGAGAGGGCCAGGCGCCGCAACGGGCGCGUCUCCAGUGAGCCGCAGAGCGUGGCGGCGAGGCUGCGGCGGGAGCGCGUGAGCCAGCGCAUGCGCGCACUGCAGCGGCUGGUGCCCGGCGGCGCGAGGCUGGACACGGCGUCCAUGCUCGAGGAGGCCGUCCGCUACGUCAGGUUCCUCAAGAGCCAUGUCCAGGCGCUCGAGCAGGCCGCGGCUGCGUUACAUGGCCGCCGCGAGGACGUCGCCGGCGGCGAUUUCUACCAUCACUGCCCGCGCUAUGCUUAGAUGGGAGAUGCUUACCAUACAUUGUGAACGAUGUAUAUGGUGCAAGUAAUUGUAGCGUCUGUACGUGAUUCUUGUGGUAGUACUUAAGUUAUAAUUCUGCCACAACUCACAAGGAGUGCAUGUGUUCUCUUCUUGAUUAGCAAACCCCCCUCAUGCAGCAUGUACAAAUUCAUAUUUGAAGUUCAAAUGGCAAUCAUAAAUUCGUAA